UCACUAGAUCCAGCGCAGCUGGCCCACAUUCCUGCGGGAACUCCCCCGGCAGGACAGGUGUCCAACCUUACUGAUCUCCCAUCUGAGGGCUACCUCUUCCUAGUGGUCGGUGGUCUGGUGAUGGGUAUCAUGUACAUCUUCGUGGGCAUGAGUCUGUAUGUAAAGCUCAAGGUCCAGAAACGAUGGGCCCCAGAUGACUGGACUCGACUGAUAUCAACGAUUGGAGCCACGUUUUACUUUAUCGCCUGCAUAUUUGCGGUGGUCAAGGGGAAAUUCGGGACGCACAUGUGGGAUCUCUCCGUCGCCCAUAUCCUGAGUAAUUCUUUCAUCAUUUCAUCUUACUUUGCCAACUGGGAGGCCUAUAUUGUGUGGCCCAUCGUGAAAACCACUUUCUUCCUCAUCUACCUGGACAUGUUCCGGAGGAUUCGGUGGCAGCGCUACGCCAUCUACUUUGGGCUAUUUGUCAAUUGGGGAUUCUAUGUAGCCGUUUUAAUAGCCAUGCUGUACUACAUCAGCCCCGCACCGGGCCAGUCGUGGCGGGACUCGUUUGUGUCAACCAGGUUUAACCACUGCCUGCAGACCUCUAUCCCAAUCGCGGUGUGGAGCCUUGUCCUCGAUCUGUACAUUCUGCUGCUCCCAAUGGUGCCCAUUUGGAAUCUUCAGAUGAAGUUGACUAAGAGGCUGGGGGUGAUGGCCGUGCUUGCCACAGGAUUGAUCGCCUGUGUCGCCUCUUCACUGAGCAUCUACUUCCGAACCUUGUUAAACUCACACGAGGAUGACUUCACCUACUACACGCUAAAGGUCUUUCUUAUGGCCAUUGUGGAGAUGUGCGUAGGGAUUACCACCAGCUCCAUGCCAUCUAUGGCACUAUUCUUCCGC